AUGAUGAUGGAAUUACAAAGAAAACAUGAAGAUGAAAGAUAUAAUUUCCAUGUCGAGAAUGAACGGGAUAUAACUGAGGUUCCUGAAGCGAAUGAGUCAGAGCCAGAAAUAUCCAAGCAAGAAUCAGAAACACCCAAGGCAAAGACAGAAGUACAAACAAAUGUACCAACUCCAGGUAAAAAACGUAGAAAUAGACAAAAAGAACGUCUUGCGAAAAGAGAAGCAGAGAUUGCCCGGAUCAAACAAGAAGCUUUACAGGAGACUACGAUCGAUUAUGGUAAGAUUGAAAGAGAUCAAAUAGAUAUGAAAUUGGCUAAAUUACAAAUGAAAGAACAUGAUGUCAAACCUGAUGGACAUUGUUUAUUUGCAUCAAUUUUACAUCAAUUACAAAUUAAUGAUCUUGUGAAUGAGACAAAUGAUGAUAUUUAUAAAUUGAGAGGAUUGAUUGGUGAUCAUAUCCUUGCAAAUAAAGAUGAUUUUUUACCAUAUCUUAUUGAUGAAGGUGAUGAUAUUAAUAGUUAUGUCAAGAGUAUUAAAGAGACUGCGAAAUGGGGGGGUGAUGUGGAGAUAAUGGCAGUUUGUCAAUUAUAUGAUUGUCAAGUUUGUAUCAUGAUGAGUGAACAACAAGAUCCGAUUGUUUUCAACGACAAGGGUAAGAAUGUGAUUAACUUGGUAUAUUUCAAGCAUUAUUAUUCUUUGGGGGAACAUUACAAUUCGAUAUAUAACGAUGCAAGAGAUUGA